CGACUAAUCCACUCUUUUAAUGGAGGCUCUUGUUCUUUUCACUUUUAUAAUGAGGAAUGGGGUUUACAGUAUGCCUUUUACACCACUAGGGAUUCUUGCCUCAUCUUGGAGGCAUGUUACAAUAUUUAUAGUGCAAUUUCAAUUCCUAAGGAUUCUUAGGCGUGAUCUUAGCGGAGUCUUCUUUGAUUUUUGGGGAGAGAAUCUCAGUUGGUUGAGAGUUUUAUGCCUGAACUCCAGCCCCGCUGUCAUCUCGUGUUUCCUUAUCCUCUCUGCUAUUGACUUGUCUGGGGCGGAUCUCCAGCUCGGGUCCAUUGAGCCCUGCUUAUCUGGUCAGACCUCCUGACCUGACUUCGGCUCCUGGGCUCAUACUUAGCUGAAAUUCCUUCUGGGUAUCAUCAAAACUAUAGAGAUAUUAAAGCAUAACCGGCAGUAUAAAAUUGAGAUGCAACUAGAGCAUAAUUGUAUAAAGCAACUUUAUCAAGAUAUUAACUUCACUUGUACUG